CCGGCUGUGGUGCAGCUGCUGGUCCUUCAUCGCUGAUUCACUCAUCGACGAGGGCUCAGCCUGGAGAGCCGGCCAGAGGCGAACCAGGAUGAACGGCAACCAGGAUCAGUUGAUUCGCCGUGACAUCGCAAGGUAAUCAGGCAAGAACCAUACACACCAACUGCGGCUGACGAAUGUCUUAGUGUUUUUCUCUCUGGCUGUGGGUGUGGUGUGUGCAGCCGGUCAGGCGCUCAAAUCGGGGAGGACCCUCGUCAGCCGUCUUCAUCGAGUGCCGACACGUGAGCCGUACACUUGAUUGAGACGAUGGACAGCACCACCAUCAUUCUGACAUCUUUCGUCGCUCUCUGUCGCUGCUCUACUGUUUGCAGGGGUGUUGCGGCUGCGGCACCUGGUGCGAGUGCAUCUGCCUCUGGGCCGUCCACUGCCGGCGAGUGGAAGAGCACUGGCAACACUCUCUUUACGGCCGGCAAGUAUCUCGACGCUUACCGCUCGUAUCUCAAGGUGGCCCACACACAGUGACUGUCACGUCUGACCCGUCGAUGCACACGGCUUCCUGCUGUUGUCUCUCUGUGUGGCGUCAGGGUAUUCGAGCGGAGCGUGAGACCCUCGCUGAGCUGCUCAUUCGCCGCUCCCAGUGCCUCAUCGGGCUGGAGAGCUACCUCGCUGCCUUCAUCGAUGUCACCACCGCCCUCCGCAUCCUCCUGCCCCCGCCGUCCAUCGAGGCCGGCAGCAAGAGCGCCACCGUCCAGGAGGUCGCCAUAAAGCUCUACAAGCCCCUCAUCCAGCAGCUCACCGGCGGCCGACCGAGACGUCGACGGGGUCAGGACGAAGCGGCCGGUGACCAAGACAUCGUGUUGCCGUCGACGGAAGCGAUAGCGGCCCUCAUGAGGGACGCCAUGACGCACUUGUGCUCGACAGACCGGCCGGUCGUCGACGCAUCGCAGCAAGUGAUGAAUGCACUGACGGAGGCGCGGCGCUGCAGGACGGCGAGAGAUACGCCGAUGCGCGUGACGUCUUCACCGCUGGUUUGGCGGCCGCUGACGUGUCGACCCUCGUGGCACUGCUGAGCAACGCGGCUGCGUGUCUGCUCCAGCCGAAGCUCAUCAAGGAGGGCGGGCCGGACGCCGUCGGCUGUGCUGCCGCCGCAUUCCAUCUGAGCUGCUUGAAGGGGCCCUGCCAGCAGCUGAGUGCCAUCCAGCAGAAGACCCUCAUUCGGCUGGGCCAGGGGCUGCUGGCGGAGCGGCUCUUCGACGCGGCCGAUGCCGUCGUCCAGGCGCUCACCCAACACGUAAGCAAUAAAAUGCUCAUGACAAGAGAGGAGGGAGAAACCGGUGACCCCUGUGUGUGUGUCCGUCAGGGUCUGGAGGAUCAGAUGGCGGCAGAUGUCACCACGCUGCAGCGGCGCAUCAGCACCCACGCGGCCAACGCCAGCGGAGAGUAUGACUGGGCGGCCAUCUACCGACAGGCAAUCGGCAACGCGCAGAACAGACAGACCGGCAGGACCACACACAUCGACGUGGCUGACUACGUCGGGCCUCUCGCCAUCCGCACAGCCAGCCGGCCCUCAUCGCCACACAGGACAUCCAGCCGGGGCAGCUGCUGAUCGUCCAGAAGGCCGUAAUGGUGGAGCGGGCAUCGUCGCAAGACAGUGGGCGAGUCGGCGAGCGGCUGUUGGCACGGCUGACAUCUCAGUUAGACAGCUGGCACCCUCGGCUGGUCUCUCAGCUGUGCUGUCUGCCGCCCGGCAGGGGACAGCCGUCUGCCAUAGGCGGUUUGGCCAUUGCGGCCCCUCCAGCCCCAGAGACCUGUCUUGGGCUGCCUCCGUCGUUUCCCCUCCUGCCGCGGUUUAUCUGGUCGGCCACUGGAGAGGAGUUCGGCCCGCCUGUGGCGCAGAUCGACAGCGACCCUGGCCACCUCCGCCGAUUGCUGGACUUCAAUACUCGCGCUGCUGAUGACGUCGUCCUCGUCGAGAUUCCCCUGCCAGCCGAGAAUUCCCUGCGAGCCAUGGGUGUCGCCUCUGUGAACGCGUCCGGUGAGAAACACAGCAGAGAGCUGCAGACAGAGGACUGUGUUUGAAAUGACUUUUGCGAUGCAGGUCGUCUGUGGCCUUUGCUCUCGCUGUUCAGCCACGCCGGCACGAAGCGCAAUGCCCUCUGGUAAGCCCCAGACCCACGCAAAUGGCACUGUUGAGACGGCUCAGGCUCAUUGUGCUGUCUGACAGGUAUUCUGUCGAACAGCUCCUGAUCGUUCGUGCUGUCAGGCCGAUCGCCUGUGGCAGUGAGAUCACCGUCUCCUACUAUCCACUUUUCAAAACCACCUUGGCUGCCGAGAGGGAGCUAGCGAGGCGUUACGACCUUCCCGACCCCCACCAGCGAUACAGCCGGGGUAAGGCGAAGGUGAUCGAGCAGGUGGAGCAGCGGAUGGAAGUGCUGGAGCAGUUGGGCCCAGGAGAGGAGGGCUUGCGUGAGGUGGACGAGAUGCUGCAGAAAGUGCGCGGCCUGAGCGUCGACACCAUCAUGGUCGCGAGGCUGCUGGCAUUGCGGUCGUAUGGUCUGUUCGCGGUGGGGCGAGUGGAGGAGGCGGUGGCGGCGGUUCGUGAGUCGGUCGCCAGCUCCCGUGCACUGCUAUCCUACCACCCCCAGGACAUCCGCCCGAUGAGGGUAGCUCUCGCCUUUCUCACGGGCAGCGACCGGAGGGAGAUGCAGGCCGAAAUCGAGAAGUCCUGUGAGGUCAUCUACGGGACGGCAGAGGCCUUUGGCAUCUUCUUUGAGUAGACGAUGGUUGACAGACAGACAGACAGACAGGCAGACAGGCAGGCAGGCAGACAGGCAGACAGGCAGACAGGCAGGCAGGCAGGCAGACAGGCAGGCAGACAGGCAGGCAGACAGGCAGGCACAGCUCACCUCUAUCGCACACACAAACACUGCUACCGCACCAUGCACUCGUGGAUGGAUGGAUGGAUCGAUGUGUGUGAGAGGUGCUUUCCUCUCUCGCUCUCGGAUCGGGCAGGGCAGCGCAGGGCGUGUGUGUGUGUGCUUGUGUUGUGGUGUUCGGUGUUCGUGUGCAAGUGUCCGUAGUCAUUGGUGUGUGCAGCUGUGUCUGAAGUCACUGACUCAUCAGUCGCGCGCUGGCCAGCCAUGUGUGCCUCGUCUGAGCCUCAUGGAUGCGGCUCAACAACGAUCACAUGGCAAGCAAGCCGGGGCGCCGCUGAAGGUGUCGUGACGGGCCAACCGAUCUCUGUGUGUGUGUAGACUGCAUUCACUUGUGUAUACUUGCAUACCUAUAUAUCGGCUGGGGGGGCACACGAUGCUUCUGAGCCCCUUGCCUUCUCUUGUGAUGCCCACACAGGGUCGAGCGACGGCUCCCUCUCAAUCUCUCUGUCCAUGUGGCGGCUUGCCUGAACGGCAGCAUCUCACUGGAAGGAAAGAGGGGCGACAGACAGGGGCGACAGCCAGCCAGCCAGCCAGCUAGCCACCGAAAGGGCCUGACUUGGAGUAGCGAAUCUUCUUCCUUAUCGGUCCUCUCUCCCUCUUCUCGUCCAUUCAGUGUGUGUGUAUUUGUGUUAUUGCUUUCUGUAUAUACAUGUCGGAUUUGUCUGCCUGAGGGCAAGGCGGGCCCGCCAUCAGAUCAGAUGUAUAUACUCGUGGUUUUUGACCGGCCCACCUUGCUGCCUGCCUGCCUGCCCGACGGGCAGGCACACACACACACACGAGCCCCAUGUCGCUCUCUCACUGUCUGCCU